AUGGAUCCAUCGCUAGCUCCAGAUUUUAUACCUCCAUCAGAACAGCGUAACCGAGUGCCUACUACAGCAGGAAACAGAGUGCCCACUGUUUCACCUAUCCAAGCCUACGAAUUAGAGGAGGCUUUUGAUUCCCAGCUGGAUAUCAAUAGUUCCCAUUUUGGAACUGCCUUUCCUGCUGCUAGACGACGGUCUUCUACGAUAGAAAUUGAUAUGGCGGAUAUUUCCCAGAACAUUCCUAGAAUUUCCAGUGCAAUGAGUGCAUCACCUACUGAUUCCGAUCUAGAAAGCAAUAAUGGCCGUGAAAAGUUCACAAACACUGACGGAGGUGAUAAUGCUAGCAAUCUCAAGUCGUUUGAUUCGAACCAACGCCUGGCUUCCCCAUUAGCGGCUUCUAACUAUAACGAGCCAACGGCUCGACAAAUCAUCCAGUCGGCUGAUUUAGAAGAGGUGCCACUGGGAGUCACUCGGCAAGCCAAGAAACUAGUUGAUUAUCAAUUCCCGGUUCACAGACUAGCGGAUACUAUGCUGGACGAUUCUAAAGUGCCUUUGGUUUUAGUUGCAUGUGGAUCCUUCUCACCCAUCACAUAUCUUCACCUGAGAAUGUUUGAAAUGGCCAUGGACAGUAUUCGCGAACACACCAGAUUAGAGGUCAUUGGCGGGUACUACUCGCCAGUGUCUGACAACUAUCAAAAGCCGGGACUUGCCAAGUCUCAUCACCGAGUUCGAAUGUGUGAACUUGCAUGUGAACGUACAUCCAGUUGGCUCAUGGUCGAUGCUUGGGAGAGUUUACAACCUACUUACACACGUACAGCGCUUGUUCUCGACCAUUUUAACGAAGAGAUCAAUGUUAGAAGACAGGGUGUGGGUACUGCCGAUGGCCAGCGCAAGCCCGUCAAAAUCAUGCUCUUAGCAGGUGGAGAUCUCAUUGAAUCGAUGGGAGAGCCUAACGUAUGGGCAGAAGACGAUUUACACCACAUUCUAGGCCGAUACGGAUGUAUCAUUGUCGAGCGAACAGGAUCCGAUGUGCGAAGUUUCCUGCUGUCCCACGAUAUCAUGUACGAGCACCGGAGGAACGUGCUCGUGAUAAAGCAACUCAUCUACAACGAUAUCUCGUCGACAAAAGUGCGACUGUUCCUACGUCGUGGCAUGAGUGUGCAGUACCUGUUGCCCAACAGUGUCAUACGCUACAUUCUCGAGCAUGGACUCUACAUCAACGAAUCCGAGCCCGUCAAGCAGGUGCUCAGCGAAAAGGGCGAUUAG